CGUCACCGUACCGUUGUGAUGCCGUGCGAGAACGCACGAGAGAACGUUGCGAGAGUAAGCCAAAGACGCACCAGCAAUACCCGCAAAACAACAAACCAAGGAAAAAAUAAAAGUUCUCGCACAAAACUCACCCACCGUCAAUGUUGUCAAACUCGCCAACCGUUUACAGAUGCAGCUUCCCACCCCUUACGGGUAUAGUACAGACCUCUCGCAAACGGUUACGUUCAUAACACAUCUUACCUUCGGAUCGUGACGGAGACUUGGUUGCAUGUUAUCGACGGGGGGAUUUUUUUUUCUUCUCCCCCGACCGUACGUGUGUGCGUGUAUGUGCAGAAAACCUCAUAAACCAAUUCUCAAAGCCAAAGCGGUCGAAGAUACGGCAAGCGUCAGGAUCGUCAGGAGUUUUGUGCGUUUUUCGCGUUGUGAAUGAAGUGUGGCUGUUGUUGUUUCGGGCGCGCAACAGAGUCACAAAACGGACGGUCCGAUCCGGUCACUGUUGUGUUGCUACUGGUCGAAGUAGGUCGUGCUGCGUUUGCGGUGUAUUUGAAAGGUGACGCAUUGUGUUUGUGUGUGUGUGUCUGUGAUUCCAAUCAAACAUUCCCCGCAGCAACGUGUGAUCUUCAAUCAAAAAAUUUUGCGAACCAAAAAACCUUCCGAAACUCCAUAGUGCCGGCUAGUGACACGUGCAGUUGCGCGUUUUGCCGGUUCUCUGUACCACCCCAAAAACCCAUCACAUCAGCUGAAAGUUAACGUGCCAGCUAAGAAGCAAAGAUGCCUGUGGCAAUUUCCGUAGAGGAUUACUGCGGUCCACCGGGUGUGUACCGUGCGCGUCACCAUGACCAGAUCUCGCCAGUCAAUGGAGACACUGCAGCAGGAAAUGGCACAGAAAAACCUACACCGGACGUACCACCCACGAUGGAGAUGCAGCACAUUCAGCCGGACAUGCGGUAUCAUGUGCGCCACCAUCAUCAUCGUGAACGUCCCGGCCAUGAUUAUGCGGAGGAUGUGAUCACGCCCCAGGGCGUUCAGCCGCACCACAAGACUAACUACGCCGAGACGAUGAUGCAUCUGUUCAAGGGUAACAUCGGUACCGGUUGCUACGCGAUGGGCGAUGCGUUCAAAAAUGGCGGCCUAGUGCUGGCCACCGUACUGACACUUUUCAUCGGGUUUGUGUGCGUGCACUGCCAGCACGUGCUGCUGAACUGUGCGGAACUGAUGCAGGCGAAGAAGCGGCAACAAGAAGCGGAAGAGCGUGCGAAUGGGACAACGACGGUGGCAGCUAACAAUGGGAAAGUACUGAACGUACAGCCGACACCGACAGUGCCCCCGGUAUCGGAACCGCUCGACUUUGCCGACACGGUGGCGCUCUGUUUCGCCUUUGGACCACCGUCGGUCCGCUCGUGGGCACCGGCCAUGAAGAACGCGGUCAACAUCUUCAUCUGCGUAACGCAGCUCGGCUUCUGCUGCAUCUACUUCGUGUUUAUCAGCUCGAACUUCAAGCAGAUCGCGGACCGGCACGGGGUCGUGCUGGAUGUCCACAUCCACAUGGCACUGCUGGUCCUACCGAUCGUGCUGACGUCCAUCAUUACCAAGCUAAAGUUCCUGUCGUACUGUUCACUCGCCGCCAACGUUUUCAUGACACUCGGCAUCGGUAUCACCUUCUAUUAUGCAUCGCAGGACCUACCACCGCUAGCAGAACGGAACAUGGUUGGACGGCUCGAUCAACUGCCCCUAUUCUACGGUACCGCCAUCUUUGCAUUCGAAGGAAUCGCACUCGUGUUGCCGCUGCAGAACGAAAUGAAAAAACCGGCCGACUUUGGAAAGCCGUUCGGUGUGCUUAACAUUGGCAGUACCUUCAUCGUGUUGCUGUUCACCACGUUCGGGUUCUUCGGCUAUUGGCAGUGGGGCGAAGCAGUCCAAGGAAGUCUCACGCUGAACCUUCCAGACAACGAAAUGUUAGCGGAGAGUGUGAAGCUGAUGAUUGCUACCGGUGUUUUGCUUGGAUACGCACUCCAGUUCUUUGUCGCCAUCAUGAUUAUGUGGCCGAUGGUGGAAAGUCGCAUAGCGCUUGCCGGUAAGCAUCCGAUACGAUGCGAGAUGGUGUUCCGUAUCAUCAUGGUAUUGGUGACGUUCCUCGUCGCAGAGUGUGUUCCCAACCUUGGUGCAUUCAUCUCGCUCAUCGGUGCCUUCUGCUCGUCCUCGCUCGCCCUCAUGUUUCCGCCCCUGAUUGAGCUGAUCGUUGCCUGGACGAAUGGAAAGCUUGGCGUUUGGCUGGUGCUGAAAAAUGUUAUUAUACUGCUGUUGGCGUUCCUUGGCUUUGCCACCGGCACGUACGAAAGUGUUUCAGCACUUGCCAAAGAUUUUUAAAGUACCCGACCGUAGAAGCAAGCGUGCCUUCGGAAACCUUCAACGGGAUACGUUACCUUCGGAAUAGAUCCUUUAGUAGAAUUAAGCCACUUUACAUCAUAUUUCAUAUUUAUUACCGUUUCUUUUAUUGCGCUGCAACAUGCCAUUCUAGCCCACCAAGGGAGUUAAGAAAGUAAAACAACCCGUCGUCUUGUUUUAGUAGCAUGGCUAGGAACAAACUCUUACUACGUUAAGUAGUGGCAAUGCCAUAGUCCACUAGAGUUUAAAAGGGGGAAGCAAAAAGUAUCACAAAAGUACUUACAUUUCGUUACCGACUAGUUGCAUCAAACGCCUCGUAUGAUAAGUACCCGUUAAGUUUACACGCGAUAAGACAAACCCAAUCACUGAGUAGCCGAUAAGCGAGAUGUAGUAUAUCAUCCAUCAGGAUAACAAGCAACACGAAAAGGCAUACAUAAGUUUCAUAGAAAAAGCAAAACGAAAAUUGUGAUGAAUUACACGUAUGAACGUUGCUGACGAUCGUUUUUGAGCCGUUGAAACGAGUCUCACGGCAAAAAAAUAAAUCAGUACCGUUCACACAACAAACAAAACAAACAAACGAACAAACACCACAUACGAAAUAGGGGUAGGAUAUCUGUUUUGAACCGUAAUAUACCAUUGAAUUUAGUUUUUCCAACGUCUGCCCGAAUUAUCGAAUGUUCGGAUCAAAAUUUUCCUCUAAAAAAAUUGGUUAGAAAUUUAAAAUUUUCUCAUAAAUUUAUUGAAUUCUUGCAUCAAUGGUAUAUUAAAAAACAAUUAAUUUUAUUGAAGGUUUUAAAAUUGAAUUUCGUAUUGAACGGAAAAAGAAUGAUCAUGUUUAAAUUUAUUUGAAAUGAAAAUUUUCAUUCGAAAUGAAAUAUUUCACCCGUAAUGAAAAGUUAGAUGAAAACUUUAACGCGUACAACUUGUAACCUUCCGAGUACAGCACAUUAUAUUACAUGUUUUUUACAGCAAAAUAUACACACUUCAGUACACUUUAUAUUUCUUAAGCAAAUAAAACAAAAUUAAUUGUAUUUCCAUGAAAAUCUACAAUAAGUUUAAACAAUCGUUAGCGUUACCUUUUGUGAAAACAUCGCAUCGCUUUUACCA